ACCAUGGCGAGCCCAGGGAAAGACAAUUAUCGAAUGAAGAGCUAUAAGAACAAUGCCCUAAACCCUGAGGAAAUGAGACGAAGAAGAGAGGAAGAGGGCAUUCAGCUCCGGAAGCAGAAACGGGAACAACAACUUUUUAAACGGAGAAAUGUGGAGCUGAUUAAUGAAGAAGCCGCCAUGUUUGACAGUCUCCUCAUGGACUCCUAUGUGAGCUCUACCACUGGGGUAAGGCCCUUACAUAGCGUGAUCACACGAGAGAUGGUGGAGAUGCUCUUUUCUGAUGAUUCUGACCUACAGUUAGCAACCACACAGAAAUUCCGGAAACUGCUCUCCAAAGAGCCUAGUCCGCCAAUAGAUGAAGUUAUCAACACUCCAGGAGUGGUGGAUCGGUUUGUAGAGUUUCUGAAGAGGAAUGAGAAUUGUACAUUACAGUUUGAAGCUGCCUGGGCUCUAACGAACAUUGCCUCUGGAACCUCUCAGCAGACCAAGAUUGUCAUUGAAGCAGGGGCCGUCCCCAUUUUUAUAGACCUGCUUAACUCAGACUUUGAGGAUGUACAGGAACAGGCAGUCUGGGCACUGGGAAACAUAGCUGGAGACAGCUCCGUUUGCCGAGAUUACGUCUUGAACUGUUCCAUCCUUAAUCCUUUGUUAACACUCCUUACGAAGUCCACAAGACUGACAAUGACACGGAAUGCAGUAUGGGCCCUGUCAAACCUCUGCCGAGGAAAGAACCCACCCCCCGAGUUUGCAAAGGUCUCCCCUUGUUUGCCUGUGCUGUCUCGCCUACUCUUCAGCAGUGACUCAGACUUGCUGGCAGAUGCUUGCUGGGCCCUUUCUUAUCUGUCCGAUGGCCCCAAUGAAAAGAUCCAGGCGGUCAUAGACUCUGGAGUCUGCCGAAGAUUGGUAGAGCUUCUAAUGCACAAUGAUUACAAAGUGGCCUCUCCUGCCCUGAGAGCAGUUGGUAACAUCGUCACUGGAGAUGACAUCCAAACCCAGGUCAUUCUUAACUGUUCAGCCCUCCCUUGCCUCCUCCACUUGCUGAGCAGCCCCAAGGAGUCAAUCCGGAAGGAAGCUUGCUGGACCAUUUCAAAUAUCACCGCUGGCAACAGGGCUCAAAUACAGGCUGUCAUAGAUGCAAAUAUCUUCCCUGUGUUGAUCGAAAUCCUUCAGAAAGCAGAGUUCCGUACAAGGAAAGAGGCAGCCUGGGCCAUCACCAAUGCCACAUCAGGAGGAACCCCUGAGCAGAUCAGGUACCUGGUCUCACUGGGCUGCAUCAAACCCCUGUGUGACUUGCUGACUGUGAUGGAUUCGAAGAUUGUGCAGGUGGCCCUCAAUGGGCUGGAGAACAUCCUUCGGCUUGGAGAGCAAGAGGGCAAGCGCAGUGGCUCAGGGGUCAACCCCUACUGUGGCCUCAUCGAGGAAGCCUAUGGCUUGGAUAAAAUUGAGUUUCUCCAGAGCCAUGAGAACCAGGAGAUCUACCAGAAGGCCUUCGACCUCAUUGAGCACUACUUUGGUGUAGAAGAUGAUGACAGCAGCCUGGCCCCCCAAGUGGAUGAGACACAACAGCAGUUCAUCUUCCAGCAGCCUGAGGCCCCCAUGGAGGGCUUCCAGCUAUAA